AAAAGAUAUGUGGACAGCAAACGUUGUUUUGGUGUUAGCGUAUAGCCUCAUAGUACCCGAUAUAGUUUAUGCAGGGGGAUGUGAAGUGUGCAAUGGAUUCUUAGAAAAACUUUACCAGACAUUGAAAACAAAAUAUAAAGAUUUUACUCCUGCAACUGUUGAAAAUGAGCUGAAUAUUGCCUGCAGAGUUGCCAGAGGAAAAGAAAGCAGACUGUGCUACUACCUUGGAGCCACAAGUGAUGCAGCAACAAAGAUAACCAGUGAGGUAACUCGGCCACUAAGCUAUCAUGUUCCAGUGCAUAAAAUCUGUGAAAAACUGCAAAAGAAGGACAGCCAGAUAUGUGAACUAAGAUAUGAGAAGCAGGUCCUGGAUCUUUCAUCUUCCAGCCUCAUAAAACUCAAAGUAGUUGAGCUGAAGAACAUUUUACAGUCUUGGGGUGAAACGUGCAGAGCAUGUUUCGAGAAAACAGACUAUGUCAAUGUGAUCCAGGAGCUGGCUCCUAAAUAUACCAGCCAUAAGAGAUACUCCUCAGACUUGUGAAGAAGCAAGUUUUUAAUUUUAUCCUGAAGCUGAAUGACUAAUAGAUCUCUACAGUUUGAAGAGGUAUAAUCAAGUUCAUUUGUCAUUGUAACAGAUAUUUUUAGGGAAUUUACCGAAGAAGAUCAAUUAAAAUAAUUUAUUUAAACAUUUUGUAGGGGUGAUUGGCUUUUCAGCAGGUAUUUUUGUCUUAAAAUAUAAAUUAUUUUGAAUCACAUUUUUAAUUCUGGAAUGCUAUGAGAUUGUUAUGUAGUAGGCAGGCCUUUGUCAUCCUAUUUAUUUGGAAUUCUGUCCUUCUGUCUCAUUUGUGUAACAUAUAAAAAUGAUGAGGUGAUAUCAGUUAUUGGUAGACCUGGCAGUGUUUACUAGUAUCUUUUUCAGUUUGCUGCUAUUUGAAUAAAGUCACUGUCCAUUUACAAACC